AUGGAUAUCUAUUUGCGUCCCGCGGAUGUCGCUGUUCUGUGUGGCGGCAUACUAGCGUCCCUGGUUGUUGGUGUUGUGUACGCAGUGAAAGAGAGCCGUCAUGAGUCCUCGUCCUUCCGGUACCACCGAGGAGGCGGCAAGUUGCAUCCGUUUUCGGUCGCGGUUUCGUUAGUGGUAACAUUUGAAUCCUCCAUAUUCUAUUUGGGGUACCCGAGCGAAAUCUACAUGUACGGAUCAUAUUACAUGAUGCAAAUUCUAGGACUGAUUGUCGGAUACCUGAUGAUGUUCUUUAUAACGAUCCCAUUGUUUUAUCCACUACAAAUCACGAGCGUCUACGAGUACCUACAGAUGCGCCACGAGUCCCAGAGAGUCCGACAGAUGUCAAUGUGGUUGGGUAACGUAGGAAAUCUUUUGUACGCGGGAAUUGUCACUUUCGGCGCCGCGACCGGUAUGGAGGGGGUUACUGGCGUAUCCGCGUGGAUAUACGUCGUAGUGUUGACGUCGAUAGCGGUGGUGUACACGUCACUAGGCGGAAUUAAAGCGGUCGUCGUAACAGACGUAGUCCAAGGCGUAAUCAUGAUAGGUAUGAUAUUUGCCGUACUUAUUUAUGGCUGUAUUCGCGUUGGAGGCGUGUCUACAGUGAUUGGGAUCAACAGACCAACUGGUAGAUUACAAAUAUUUGACUUCGAUCCUAACCCGUACAAGCGACACACAUUUUGGACGCUUGCUAUAGGCUACGGCUUUAUGUGCGCUGGUAACUCCUUGAGUGCUCCCUUGGUGCAGCGUCUGAACGCCACCCGUUCUAUAGGGGAUGCAAAAAAGGUAGCGGCCAUUUCGAUUCCAGCUUUUGUGAUAUUGCAUAUUCUUAUAAUGUUCGAAGGUCUAGUGGCAUAUGCAUACUUUUCACAGAAAGGCUGCGAUCCUAUUGCGUCGAAACAGAUAUCAAACCCGAACCAAAUUAUACCAUAUCUUGUGGCUGAUUUGUUUGCGGGCGUUCCCGGUAUAACUGGACUGUACCUGUCCGCGCUAUGCAGUGCGUCCCUGAGUACCAUCUCUUCGCUACUCAGCUCUAUUUCGGCAGUCACUUCCGAGGACUUCAUCCGACAGCGGUUAAAGGACGCAUCCGAAAAGAAGCUUACGCAACUUUCAAAAUUAAUUGUCGUUUUGGCCGGAGUGGUCUGUAUUGGGCUGAUUGCCGGAUACCUGAUGAUGUUCUUCAUAACUAUCCCAUUAUUUUAUCCACUACAAAUCACGAGCGUCUACGAGUACCUACAGAUGCGCCACGAGUCCAAAAGAGUCCGACAGAUGUCCAUGUGGUUGGUGAUUGAGAUCAACCGACCUACGGGUAGAUUACAGAUAUUUGACUGCGAUCCUAACCCGUACAAGCGGCACACAUUCUGGACUAUUGCAAUAGGCAACGGAUGGAUGUGCGCCGGCAUUAUAUUUAGUCCUCCAUUGGUACAGAGUCUGAACUCUGUCCGCUCUAUAGGGGAUGCAAGAAAGGUAGCAGCCAUGUCGAUCCCAGCAUUUGUGAUAUUACAGAUUCUUAUCAUGUGCGAAGGUCUAGGGGCAUAUGCAUACUUUUCACUGAAAGGUUGCGAUCCUAUUGCGUAG